ACGUUUUUUACAAUGUCCCAGCUCAACUUUGGCUUCAUGGCUUGGAUGAAGUGCAUUGUUACUUUGUUAUGGUCUUUGCGCUUCAUUAAUCGCAGGCUUAAACCCAACCUAAACCACCAACAUGAUCCCGGGUUAUUGAUCAAGAGCGGAACAAAGUCCACCAGCAGUUGACUCCGACCUUUUUCUGGCCAAUCUUCGCUUUAGAGGCGGGGGAUAGAAAAUGUGCAAGAUGAUACAUAUGCACUUCAGCUCUUCUGCGGAGAAGUCCCGACUCGGCGGAGGUGGACCAGCUAGAUUGAAGCUAGACUUUUUGUUCGUUUUUUCUUGAGAAGAUGGUUUCAAUCAAAGCGCAAUCUCUGGUGCCGGUGUCGUGCGCGCAGGCUCUCCUCGGCGUGGUGUGUCUGGCUGUCGCCUUGCUGGCUUUUCUGCUGGUUCGCCAGCUCGUCAAGCAAAGGAGACCCCCGGGCUUUCCUCCCGGUCCUUCUCCCAUCCCUGUGAUAGGGAACAUUUUCUCCCUGGCCACCGAGCCGCACGUCUUCCUCAAGAGGCAAAGCGAAGUUCACGGACAGAUUUUCAGUCUUGACCUGGGGGGCAUCCUGACGGUGGUAUUAACUGGAUAUGACUGUGUCAGGGAAUGCCUCUACAAUCAAGGCGAGGUGUUUGCUGAUCGACCGUCUCUGCCUUUGUUCAAGAAAAUGACCAAAAUGGGUGGGCUUCUUAAUUGCAAAUAUGGCAAAGGCUGGAUUGAACACCGUAAACUGGCUUGCAACUCUUUCCGUUACUUCGGCAGCGGACAGAAACAGUUUGAGAGGAAGAUCUCAGAGGAGUGCAUGUUCUUUGUCGAUGCCAUUGACGAACACAAGGGAAAGCCCUUUAACCCCAAACACCUGGUAACCAACGCCGUGUCAAACAUCACCAACCUGAUCAUUUUUGGUCAGCGCUUCACUUACGACGACCGCAACUUUCAGCACAUGAUCGAGAUAUUCAGUGAGAACGUGGAGCUGGCGGUGAGCGGCUGGGCCCUCCUGUACAACGCCUUCCCUUGGAUCGAGUACGUGCCCUUUGGAAAACACCAGAAGCUGUUUCGCAACGCUGCUGAGGUGUACGACUUCUUGCAGGAGGUCAUACAGAGUUUUUCACAGGGCAGGGUGCCGCAUUCGCCUCGCCACUACGUCGAUGCCUAUUUGGAUGAUUUGGAGCGCAGCGCGGGAGCACCCGACUCCUCUUUUUCCUACGAGAACCUCAUCUAUUCAGUGGGCGAGCUCAUCAUUGCUGGCACGGAGACCACCACUAACACCCUGCGCUGGGCCAUGCUGUACAUGGCUCUCUACCCCAACAUUCAAGAGAGGGUGCACAGGGAGAUCGACAGCGUGCUGGCCAAUGAGAGGGCACCUACCUUGGAGGACAAACAGAAGAUGCCCUACGUGGAGGCUGUCCUGCACGAGGUCCUUCGGUUCUGCAACAUUGUCCCCCUUGGUAUUUUCCGCGCCACCUCACAGGAAGCGAAGGUCAACGGGUACACGAUUCCAAAAGGCACCAUGGUGAUCACAAACCUCUAUUCGGUGCACUGUGACGAAAAGUACUGGAACGAUCCAGGUGCUUUCUCGCCCCAGAGGUUUCUGGACAGCAAUGGCAACUUUGUGAGGCGGGAGGCCUUCCUUCCAUUCUCCUUGGGGAGGCGGUGCUGCCUUGGCGAACAGCUGGCCAGGAUGGAGAUGUUCCUCUUCUUCACCACUUUGCUGCAGAGGUUUCAUCUUCAGUUCCCUGCAGGAAGCAUUCCCACUGUCACUCCAAAACUGGGCAUGACCUUACAGCCCAAACCUUACUCCAUCUGUGCUGUCCGCAGGCAGCAGAAAAGCCCCUGCUUUGGAGACACUCCUUAUCCCAAUUAGGCAAAUCAUGAAUUUAGUACAGCUUGCUUACAUGUUCAAGCGAGAAUUUAAGUACUUUGCACAGCAAUGCAACCACACAAUACAGGUGUAUGAAGCUAAAUGGCUAUGGACUGUGCUGUCAGUUUAUUCAAUGGCUAUUUAAUUAUUCUACUGGGCAAUAUGCACGUUUGCACAAUACUUUAUAAGCAGCAAGACACAACUCAGUGCAUAAAAGACAUUCCGGGAACACCUGUGUGCCACUGAUUUAGUUGUCUGUAGCUCAGAGUUUGAAAAGUCUAUGAAGCUCAGGGCGCUAGCAAUGGGUUCGGUGUAUGUCAAUGAUUGAUAGUAAGUACACCUAUGAUGGCCCAAAGCCAUGCCUCUUCAGGACAGCUUCAGGUUAGACAAAUGACACCACUGAUUUGUAUGUUUAGGGCCAAAUGUGACUUUCCAAGAAAGUUCUGAGCUGGAUCCACUCUGACCUUUUCUCUAGGGAUGACGCUGUCUGGAAAAUAUGUCUCUUGGCAGACUAAAGCAACCCUGGUGGAUUUCUAGAAACUGACUAUGCAACACUGGUUUCUGCUAAAUGGUGCCUAUCAGUACUAACAAUACUGCAUUUAUGUAAGUUUGUCCCUUUUUUUGUUGCAGUACUGGUGGUAUGAGUCGGGUUUUUUUGUGUGUAUUCAUAAAAGUCUUUCUUAACAUA